UAGCAGAGCGUCAGCAAGAAUAUAAAGAGAAACUCCAAGGGAUAUGUGAUCUCCUCACCCAAACUGAAAACCGCCUAAUUGGUCACCAAGAAGCCUUCGUGAUCGGAGAUGGCACCGUUGAGUUAAAGAAAUACCAGUCCAAGCAAGAGGAAUUACAGAAAGAUAUGCAAGGAAGUGCACAGGCAUUGGCAGAAAUAGUGAAAAACACGGAGAACUUUUUAAAGGAGAAUGGUGAAAAGCUGUCACGAGAAGAUAAGGCUUUGAUUGAGCAGAAACUUACUGAAGCUAAGAUAAAGUGUGAACAACUUAACUUAAAGGCAGAACAGUCAAAAAAGGAGCUGGAUAAAGUUAUGACAACAGCAAUCAAGGAAGAAACUGAAAAGGUUGCAGCCGUGAAGCAGCUGGAAGAAAGCAAAACCAAGAUAGAAAACCUUCUGGAUUGGUUGUCAAAUGUGGACCAAGACUCAGAAAGGGCAGGGACGAAACUCAAACAGGUAAUUGAACAGAAUGGAAUGCAUUUUCAAGAAGGCGAUGGCAAGUCGGAGAUCGGAGAAGAGGACGAAGUUAACGGCAACCUGUUGGAGACUGAUGUGGAUGGGCGCGUUGGAACCACUCAGGAGAAUCUGAACCAGCAGUACCAGAAAGUUAAGGCCCAACACGAGAAGAUCAUCUCUCAGCACCAAGCAGUCAUCCUAGCCACUCAGUCUGCACAAGUGCUGCUUGAGAAACAGGGUCACUACCUCUCUCCAGAGGAGAAAGAGAAACUACAAAAGAACAUGAAGGAGCUGAAAGCGCAUUAUGAAACCGCACUGGCCGAAUCGGAGAAGAAGGUGAAGUUAACGCACUCUCUGCAGGAAGAAUUGGAGAAGUUUGAUGCUGACUACACCGAGUUUCAGAACUGGCUCCAACAGUCAGAACAGGAACUAGAGAACCUGGAGGCAGGAGCAGAUGACUUCGACGGUUUAAUGACCAAGUUGAAGAGGCAGAAGAGCUUCUCGGAAGACGUUAUUUCUCACAAAGGCGACUUGAGAUACAUCACAAUUUCUGGCAGCAGGGUGUUAGAAGCUGCUAAAUCUUGCAGCAAGAGAGAGGCUGGCAAGGUUGACAAGGAUAACAUUGACACUUCUGUGACCCACAGAGAAGUGCAGAGCAAAUUGGAUCAUGCUACGGAUCGGUUCAGGUCUCUCUACUCUAAGUGCAACGUUCUUGGAAAUAAUCUUAAGGACUUGGUGGAUAAAUAUCAACACUAUGAAGAUGCUUCCUGUGGACUUCUUUCUGGACUCCAAGCCUGUGAGGCCACAGCGAGAAAACACUUAUCUGAACCUAUUGCUGUGGACCCCAAAAAUCUGCAAAGGCAGUUAGAGGAGACCAAGGCUCUGCAAGGACAGAUAUCAAGUCAGCAGGUUGCCGUAGAGAAACUGAAAAAAACAGCAGAAGUGCUUUUAGAUGCCAGAGGGACUCUACUUCCAGCCAAGAAUGACAUCCAGAAAACACUUGAUGAGAUUGUUGGGAGAUACGAUGGUCUUUCCAAAUCUGUCAGUGAACGAAAUGAAAAGCUCCAGAUAACCCUGACCCGUUCCCUGAGCGUGCAGGACGGCUUGGAUGAAAUGCUGGACUGGAUGGGAAGCGUGGAAAGUUCUCUGAAAGAACAAGGUCAAGUGCCCUUAAACUCAGCUGCCCUUCAGGAUCUCAUCAGUAAAAACAUGAUGUUGGAACAGGAUAUUGCAGGUCGUCAGAGCAGCAUAAAUGCCAUGAACGAAAAGGUGAAGAAAUUUAUGGAAACAACAGACCCAUCUACUGCAUCCUCGCUGCAAGCCAAAAUGAAGGACCUGUCAGUUCGGUUUUCUGAAGCAAGUUAUAAGCACAAAGAAAAACUUGCCAAAAUGGAAGAGCUAAAAACCAAGGUUGAAUUGUUUGAGAAUCUCUCAGAAAAGCUUCAAACGUUUUUAGAAACAAAAACUCAGGCUCUUACUGAGGUAGAUGUGCCAGGAAAAGAUGUGACUGAAUUGUCUCAGUAUAUGCAGGAAUCAACUUCUGAAUUCUUAGAACGCAAAAAAGAUCUUGAAGCUCUGCAUAGUCUCCUGAAGGAGAUAUCCAGCCAUGGCUUACCAGGAGAUAAGGCUCUUGUUUUUGAAAAAACAAAUAAUUUGUCAAAGAAAUUCAAGGAAAUGGAGGAUACCAUCAAAGAAAAAAAAGAAGCUGUAACCUCUUGUCAAGAACAGUUGGAUGCUUUCCAAGUCCUUGUUAAAUCAUUAAAAUCAUGGAUAAAAGAAACAACAGAAAGUGUACCCAUUGUGCAACCUUCUUUUGGUGCAGAGGAUUUAGGAAAAUCUUUGGAAGAAACUAAGAAAUUACAAGAAAGAUGGAGUUUAAAAACAUCAGAAAUUCAGAAAGUAAACAACAGUGGGAUCUCACUAUGUAAUCUAAUAAGUGCUGUGACUACCCCUGCGAAGGCAAUAGCAGCUGUUAAAUCAGGUGGAGUAAUAUUAAAUGGUGAAGGAACAGCCAAAGAUAAUCAAGAAUUUCUGGCAAAUAAAGGUUUAACAUCUAUUAAAAAGGACAUGACUGACAUAAGUCAUGGCUAUGAAGAUCUCGGCCUCUUACUCAAGGACAAAAUAGCAGAACUGAAUGCUAAACUCUCCAAAUUGCAAAAGGCUCAGGAGGAGUCAAGUGCAAUGAUGCAGUGGUUACAGAAAAUGAACAAAACUGCCACAAAAUGGCAUCAGACGCCUGCACCUACAGACACUGAAGCCGUGAAGACUCAAGUUGAGCAGAAUAAGUCUUUUGAGGCAGAACUGAAGCAAAAUGUAAACAAAGUCCAGGAGUUGAAAGACAAAUUGACAGAGUUGUUGGAGGAGAAUCCAGACACUCCUGAAGCCCCCAAGUGGAAACAGAUGCUGACAGAAAUAGAUUCUAAGUGGCAAGAACUCAAUCAAUUAACCAUUGAUAGACAACAAAAAUUGGAAGAAUCCUCCAAUAAUCUAACCCAAUUCCAGACUGUAGAGGCCCAGUUAAAGCAGUGGCUUGUGGAAAAAGAACUGAUGGUCAGUGUUCUCGGACCUUUGUCCAUUGACCCAAAUAUGCUAAACACGCAAAGGCAACAGGUGCAGAUUCUGCUGCAAGAAUUUGAUACUAGAAAGCCUCAAUAUGAACAGCUAACAGAAGCCGGCAGGGGCAUUCUAAGCCGACCUGGAGAAGACCCUUCUUUGCAUGGGAUUGUGAAAGAGCAGCUGGCAGCUGUGACCCAAAAAUGGGAUAGCCUAACAGGACAAUUGAGUGACAGAUGUGACUGGAUUGACCAAGCCAUUGUGAAGAGCACACAGUAUCAAAGCCUGCUGAGAAGCCUCUCUGAGAAACUGAGUGACUUGGAUAAUAAACUCAGCAGCAGUCUGGCCGUGAGCACGCACCCUGAUGCCAUGAACCAACAGUUGGAAACAGCCCAAAAAAUGAAGCAGGAAAUUGAGCAGGAAAGGAAGCAGAUAAAAGUAGCCCAGGCACUCUGUGAGGAUUUGUCAGCACUGGUGAAAGAGGAGUACUUGAAAGCUGAACUGAGUAGGCAGCUAGAAGGCAUCUUAAAACCAUUUAAGGAUAUUGAACAAAAAGCAGAGAACCAUGUUCAGCACCUUCAGUCAGCCUGUGCAAGCUCUCAUCAAUUCCAACAAAUGUCUAGAGAUUUUCAGGCCUGGCUGGAUACAAAGAAGGAAGAACAGAACAAAUCUCAUCCAAUAUCAGCCAAACUUGAUGUCUUGGAAUCAUUAAUUAAAGAUCAGAAAGAUUUUAAUAAAACUUUGACUGCCCAGUCGAAUAUUUAUGAAAAAACCAUUGCCGAAGGUGAAAACCUAUUAUUAAAAACACAAGGAUCCGAGAAGGCAGCCUUACAGUUACAACUUAACACGAUUAAAACCAAUUGGGAUGGAUUUAAUAAGCAGGUGAAAGAAAGAGAAGACAAGCUAAAAGACUCUUUGGAAAAAGCUCUCAAGUAUAAAGAGCAUGUAGAGACUCUCCGGCCAUGGAUAGACAAAUGUCAAAAAGACUUGGAGGAAAUAAAAUUUUGCUUGGAUCCUGCAGAAGCAGAAAAUUCUCUUGCCAAGUUAAAGUCUCUGCAGAAGGAAAUGGACCAACACUUUGGUAUGGUCGAAUUGCUAAACAACACCGCCAAUAGCUUGCUCAGUGUCUGUGAGAUCGAUAAAGAGGUUGUUACAGAUGAGAAUAAAUCACUGAUCCAGAAAGUAGACAUGGUCACUGAACAACUUCACAGUAAGAAAUUCUCUCUGGAGAAUAUGGCUCAGAAGUUUAAAGAACUUCAAGAAGUUUCCAAAGAAGCUAAAAGGCAACUUCAGUGUGCAAAGGAGCAGCUGGAUGCCCACGAUUCCUUAGGGCCCCAGGCUUACAGUAACAAAUAUCUGACUGUGUUGCAGACUCAACAGAAAUCACUUCAGACCUUGAAGCCUCAGAUAGAAUUGGCCAAAAGACUCGCUCAAGACCUUGUGAUAGAAGCCUCAGACUCAAAGGGAACCUCUGAUGUUUUAUUACAAGCAGAAACCUUAGCUCAAGAGCAUAGUGCUCUCAGUCAGCAGGUUGAUGAAAAAUGUUCAUUCUUAGAAACCAAGCUUCAGGGCAUUGGACAUUUCCAGAAUACCAUCCGGGAAAUGUUUUCUCAGUUUGCAGAGUUUGAUGAUGAGCUGGAUAGCAUGGCUCCAGUGGGGAGAGAUGCAGAAACAUUGCAAAAGCAAAAGGAGGCUAUAAAUGCCUUUCUAAAGAAGCUAGAAGCGUUGAUAGCAAGCAACGACAAUGCCAAUAAAACCUGCAAGAUGAUGCUGGCCACAGAAGAAACCUCUCCUGACCUAAUUGGAAUCAAAAGGGAUUUGGAGGCCUUAAGCAAACAAUGCAACAAGUUACUGGACCGGGCUCACGCCAGAGAAGAGCAGGUUGAGGGGACAAUUGAGCGUCUUGAGGAAUUCUACAGCAAAUUGAAAGAAUUUUCUACUCUGCUCCAGAAGGCUGAAGAACAUGAAGAGUCACAGGGUCCUGUUGGUAUGGAAACAGAGACAAUUAAUCAGCAGCUUAACGUGUUCAAGGUGUUCCAGAAAGAAGAGAUCGAACCUUUGCAGGUUAAGCAGCAAGAUGUAAACUGGUUAGGUCAAGGCCUUAUUCAGAGUGCUGCUAAAAGCACCAGCACCCAAGGUUUGGAGCAUGACCUGGAGGAUGUCAAUGCACGGUGGAAGACCCUCAACAAAAAGGUGGCCCAGCGAGCAGCCCAGCUGCAGGAGGCCCUGCUGCACUGUGGUAGGUUCCAGGACGCCCUAGAAUCCCUGCUCAGCUGGAUGGUGGACACCGAGGAGCUUGUGGCCAAUCAGAAGCCCCCGUCGGCUGAGUUCAAAGUGGUGAAGGCCCAGAUACAAGAACAAAAGCUUCUCCAAAGAUUGUUGGAUGACCGUAAGUCUACAGUGGAGGUAAUCAAACGAGAAGGAGAAAAAAUUGCUGCAACAGCAGAACCCACAGAUAAAGUGAAGAUUUUGAAACAACUGAGUCUCUUGGACAGCAGAUGGGAGGCUCUGCUUAAUAAAGCUGAAGCAAGGAACCGUCAGUUGGAAGGUAUCUCAGUGGUAGCACAGCAAUUUCAUGAAACCUUAGAACCACUGAAUGAAUGGCUUACAACCAUAGAAAAGAGGCUGGUGAAUUCUGAACCCAUAGGAACCCAAGCGUCUAAACUCGAGGAACAAAUUGCACAGCACAAAGCCUUAGAAGAUGACAUCAUCAAUCACAAUAAACAUUUACACCAGGCUGUUAGCAUUGGCCAGUCUUUAAAGGUUUUGAGCUCCAGGGAGGAUAAAGAUAUGGUGCAGAGUAAAUUAGACUUCUCUCAAGUGUGGUACAUUGAGAUUCAAGAGAAAAGUCACAGCAGGUCUGAGCUCCUCCAGCAGGCCUUGUGUAAUGCUAAGAUUUUUGGGGAAGAUGAAGUUGAGCUGAUGAACUGGCUGAAUGAAGUGCAUGACAGAUUGAGCAAGCUCUCGGUCCAGGAUUACAGCACUGAGGGGCUUUGGAAGCAGCAGUCUGAACUUCGGGUUCUGCAAGAGGACAUCUUACUCAGGAAACAAAGUGUAGAUCAAGCUUUACUAAAUGGUUUAGAGCUGCUUAAACAAACAACAGGUGAUGAAGUGUUAAUAAUUCAAGAUAAAUUGGAGGCCAUUAAAGCCAGGUACAGAGACAUCACUAAGUUGAGCACUGAUGUAGCCAAGACCCUGGAACAGGCGCUGGAGCUUGCCCGACGGCUGCAUUCCACACAUGAAGAGCUGUGUGCCUGGCUGGACAGAGUGGAGGGGGAACUGCUUUCCUAUGAGACUCAGGUCCUGAAAGGAGAAGCAGCAAGCCACGCACACAUGCGACAAAAAGAACUGAAAAAGGAAGCUAAGAACAACAAAGCCAUACUGGACUCCCUUAAUGAAGUGAGCAGUGCUUUACUGGAACUGGUACCAUGGAGGGCAAGAGAGGGGCUUGAGAAAAUGGUGGCUGAGGACAAUGAGCGCUACCGAUUAGUGAGCGACACCAUCACUAAGAAGGUGGAGGAGAUCGAUGCCGCCAUUCUGAGAUCACAGCAGUUUGACCAGGCAGCUGAUGCUGAGUUAUCCUGGAUUACUGAAACAGAAAAGAAGUUGAUGUCUCUGGGCGACAUCAGGCUUGAGCAAGACCAGACUUCUGCUCAGCUGCAGGUUCAAAAGACAUUCACCAUGGAGAUUUUGAGACACAAGGAUAUUAUUGAUGAACUUGUUAAAUCUGGGCAUAAAAUCAUGACUGCAUGCAGCGAAGAGGAAAAGCAAUCAAUGAAGAAAAAACUAGACAAGGUACUAAAGAACUAUGAUGCCAUCUGCCAGAUUAACUCAGAGAGGUAUCUACAGCUAGAACGGGCACAGUCCCUGGUUAACCAGUUCUGGGAAACAUAUGAAGAACUGUGGCCAUGGCUGACAGAAACACAAAGAAUCAUCUCUCAGCUUCCUGCCCCAGCCCUUGAAUAUGAAACUCUAAGACAACAGCAGGAAGAACAUCGGCAACUGCGAGAGUUGAUAGCCGAACACAAGCCUCAUAUAGAUAAGAUGAACAAAACCGGGCCGCAGUUACUGGAAUUAAGCCCAGGGGAAGGCUUUUCUAUCCAAGAGAAGUAUGUGGCAGCUGACACUCUUUACAGUCAAAUUAAAGAAGAUGUCAAAAAGCGAGCUGUGGCACUGGAUGAAGCCAUUUCUCAAUCAACUCAGUUCCAUGACAAGAUAGAUCAGAUCCUCGAGAGCCUGGAACGCAUUGUGGAGCGUUUGAGGCAGCCGCCCUCUAUCUCUGCUGAGGUUGAGAAAAUCAAGGAGCAGAUCAGUGAAAAUAAGAAUGUGUCAGUAGACAUGGAAAAGCUACAACCGCUGUAUGAAACUCUUAAACAGAGGGGAGAGGAAAUGAUUGCCAGAUCUGGGGGCACUGAUAAAGACAUAUCUGCCAAAGCUGUUCAGGAUAAGCUUGACCAAAUGGUUUUCAUCUGGGAGAACAUACACACACUGGUGGAAGAAAGGGAAGCCAAACUACUGGAUGUGAUGGAACUAGCAGAAAAGUUCUGGUGUGAUCACAUGUCACUGGUAGUUACCACUAAAGAUACUCAAGAUUUCAUCCGAGACCUGGAAGAUCCUGGAAUCGAUCCCUCAGUUGUAAAACAACAGCAAGAAGCAGCAGAGGCCAUAAGGGAAGAAAUAGAUGGACUCCAGGAAGAGCUAGACAUAGUUAUCAACCUGGGUUCUGAACUCAUUGCCGCAUGUGGGGAGCCUGACAAACCCAUUGUCAAGAAGAGUAUAGAUGAGUUAAAUUCAGCAUGGGAUUCUCUAAAUAAGGCUUGGAAAGACCGAGUUGACAAACUUGAGGAGGCAAUGCAGGCUGCUGUUCAGUACCAGGAUGGACUGCAGGCAAUAUUUGAUUGGGUAGAUAUUGCAGGUGGCAAAUUAGCUUCCAUGUCUCCAAUUGGAACAGAUCUCGAAACUGUCAAGCAGCAAAUUGAAGAGCUAAAGCAAUUUAAGUCAGAGGCCUACCAACAACAGAUAGAAAUGGAAAGACUGAACCACCAAGCAGAGCUUUUGCUGAAGAAAGUAACGGAAGAGAGUGACAAACAUACUGUUCAAGACCCGCUAAUGGAACUGAAAUUGAUAUGGGAUAGCCUGGAUGAGAGAAUUAUCAACAGACAGCAUAAGCUGGAGGGUGCUCUGUUGGCAUUGGGUCAGUUUCAGCAUGCCCUGGAUGAGCUCCUGACUUGGCUGACCCACACCGAGGGCUUGUUGAGUGAACAGAAACCUGUUGGAGGAGACCCUAAAGCCAUUGAAAUUGAACUAGCCAAGCAUCAUGUGCUCCAAAAUGAUGUAUUAGCCCAUCAGUCCACAGUGGAAGCUGUUAAUAAAGCAGGAAAUGAUCUAAUUGAAUCAAGUGCGGGAGAAGAAGCAAGCAACCUCCAGAACAAGCUAGAGGUUUUAAAUCAACGCUGGCAAAACAUUUUGGAAAAAACAGAGCAAAGGAAGCAGCAGCUGGAUGGUGCCUUGCGCCAGGCCAAAGGGUUCCAUGGUGAAAUUGAGGAUUUGCAGCAGUGGCUGACCGACACGGAGCGUCAUCUUUUGGCAUCCAAACCCCUGGGAGGUUUACCAGAAACAGCCAAGGAACAGCUUAAUGUCCAUAUGGAAGUCUGUGCUGCCUUUGAUGCUAAAGAAGAAACAUAUAAGAGUCUGAUGCAGAAAGGCCAGCAGAUGCUUGCAAGAUGUCCUGAAUCUGCAGAGACAAAUAUUGACCAAGACAUAAAUAACUUGAAGGAAAAAUGGGAAUCAGUAGAAACCAAACUCAACGAAAGGAAAACUAAACUGGAAGAGGCCCUCAGCUUGGCAAUGGAGUUCCACAAUUCUCUCCAAGACUUCAUCAACUGGCUUACACAGGCUGAACAGACCCUAAAUGUGGCUUCUCGGCCAAGUCUUAUCUUGGACACAGUCUUGUUUCAAAUCGAUGAACACAAGGUCUUUGCCAACGAAGUAAAUUCUCAUCGUGAGCAGAUAAUAGAGCUGGACAAAACUGGAACCCACCUGAAAUAUUUUAGUCAGAAACAAGAUGUUGUCCUAAUUAAGAAUCUACUUAUCAGUGUCCAAAGUCGAUGGGAAAAAGUGGUUCAACGGUUAGUAGAAAGAGGAAGAUCUUUGGAUGAUGCAAGGAAGAGAGCCAAGCAGUUUCAUGAAGCUUGGAGUAAACUUAUGGAGUGGCUAGAAGAGUCAGAAAAGUCUUUGGACUCUGAACUGGAAAUUGCCAAUGAUCCCGACAAAAUAAAAACACAACUUACACAACAUAAGGAGUUUCAGAAAUCACUUGGAGCCAAGCAUUCUGUCUAUGACACCACCAACAGAACUGGUCGGUCUUUGAAGGAGAAAACCUCCCUGGCUGAUGACAACCUGAAACUAGAUGACAUGCUGAGUGAACUCAGAGACAAGUGGGAUACUAUAUGUGGAAAAUCUGUGGAAAGACAAAACAAACUGGAGGAAGCCCUGUUAUUUUCUGGACAAUUCACAGAUGCCCUGCAGGCCCUCAUUGAUUGGUUGUAUAGAGUUGAACCCCAGCUGGCCGAAGACCAGCCUGUCCACGGAGACAUUGAUUUAGUGAUGAAUCUGAUCGAUAAUCACAAGGCCUUCCAAAAGGAGUUGGGGAAGAGGACCAGCAGUGUGCAGGCCCUGAAGCGCUCGGCCCGAGAGCUCAUAGAAGGCAGUCGGGACGACUCCUCCUGGGUCAAGGUCCAGAUGCAGGAACUCAGCACUCGCUGGGAGUCCGUGUGUGCACUUUCCAUAUCAAAGCAAACACGGUUAGAAGCAGCCCUGCGUCAGGCAGAGGAAUUCCAUUCGGUGGUACAUGCCCUCUUAGAGUGGCUGGCGGAGGCAGAGCAAACCCUGCGUUUCCAUGGUGUUCUCCCAGAUGACGAGGAUGCUCUCCGGACACUCAUUGAUCAGCAUAAAGAGUUCAUGAAGAAACUGGAAGAAAAAAGAACCGAACUGAAUAAAGCCACCAGUAUGGGCGACGCUGUUUUGGCUCUCUGCCACCCCGACUCCAUCACCACCAUUAAGCACUGGAUCACAAUCAUCCGGGCCAGGUUUGAGGAGGUGCUGGCCUGGGCAAAGCAACACCAGCAGAGAUUAGCAAGUGCUCUCGCGGGGCUUAUCGCCAAGCAGGAGUUACUGGAAGCUUUGCUGGCUUGGUUGCAGUGGGCUGAAACUACACUCAGUGAGAAGGAUAAAGAAGUCAUCCCCCAGGAGAUUGAAGAGGUGAAAGCCCUCAUUGCAGAACACCAGUCCUUCAUGGAGGAAAUGACCAGAAAACAGCCUGAUGUUGAUAAAGUCACCAAGACGUAUAAGAGGAGAGGCGCUGAUCCUUCUUCCUUGCAGUCGCACAUUCCAGUCUUGGAUAAGGGACGAACAGGAAGAAAACGCUUCCCGGCAUCAAGCUUGUACCCCUCUGGAUCACAGACACAAAUCGAAACCAAGAAUCCCAGGGUUAACUUACUGGUGAGCAAAUGGCAGCAAGUCUGGCUCCUCGCGUUGGAAAGAAGGAGAAAGCUCAACGAUGCCUUGGACAGGCUGGAGGAGCUGAGGGAAUUUGCUAACUUUGAUUUUGAUAUCUGGCGCAAAAAAUACAUGCGAUGGAUGAAUCACAAGAAAUCUCGAGUGAUGGACUUCUUCAGGAGAAUUGACAAAGAUCAAGAUGGGAAAAUAACACGACAGGAAUUUAUUGAUGGGAUUCUUUCCUCAAAGUUUCCAACCAGUCGCCUGGAGAUGAGUGCAGUGGCAGAUAUCUUUGACAGAGAUGGUGAUGGAUAUAUUGACUACUAUGAAUUUGUAGCAGCCCUUCACCCAAAUAAAGAUGCAUAUAAACCUGUCACAGAUGCUGACAAAAUCGAAGAUGAGGUGACAAGGCAGGUAGCUAAGUGUAAAUGUGCAAAACGAUUUCAAGUUGAACAGAUUGGUGAUAACAAAUACAGGUUCUUCCUGGGAAAUCAGUUUGGAGACUCUCAGCAACUGCGACUGGUCCGAAUCCUGAGGAGUACUGUGAUGGUCCGUGUGGGAGGUGGAUGGAUGGCCCUUGAUGAGUUCUUAGUGAAAAAUGAUCCUUGCAGGGUUCAUCAUCAUGGGAGUAAAAUGUUACGUUCGGAAUCAAACUCUUCAAUUACUACUACUCAGCCUACUAUAGCCAAAGGAAGGACAAAUAUGGAACUGCGUGAGAAGUUCAUUUUAGCUGAUGGUGCCAGUCAAGGUAUGGCUGCCUUCCGACCCCGGGGCCGAAGGUCCCGGCCAUCAUCACGAGGCGCUUCACCCAACAGAUCGACGUCUGUGUCCAGCCAGGCCGGGCAGGCAGCUUCCCCACAGGUGCCUGCCACCACCACACCCAAGAUCCUCCAUCCUUUAACACGCAAUUAUGGUAAACCAUGGUUGACAAACAGCAAAAUGUCAACUCCUUGUAAGGCAGCAGAGUGCUCAGACUUUCCUGUGUCAUCUGCAGAGGGAACGCCAAUACAAGGAAGCAAGCUUCGACUUCCAGGAUACUUAUCGGGGAAGGGCUUCCACUCUGGAGAGGACAGUGGCUUGAUAACUACUGCGGCUGCCAGAGUCCGAACACAGUUUGCUGGUGAAUUCCAAAAAGACGCCCAGCCGACCAGGAAGUCGAGCCGGAAGCAAAGCUGGCAGCCGGGCCAGCAGCCGCCGAGGCAGUGACGCAUCUGACUUUGACAUUUCAGAAAUCCAGUCUGUGUGCUCAGACGUGGAGACUGUCCCCCAGACACACAGACCUUCGCCCCGAGCAGGUUCUCGGCCAUCCACAGCCAAGCCUUCCAAAAUCCCCACUCCCCAGAGGAAAUCUGCCAGCAAAUUGGACAAGUCCUCGAAGAGAUAGUGCAGUUGGUUCCACCAAGGCCCUUCCUCGAGCAUUUGUUAUUUAAGUUUGAACGAUGUAAAAUAUGAUGUAGAAAUUCUUGUGAAAUAUUGCAAGAGGCGAGUUUAAAAUUCUGCAAGACUGCCUUAUUUGUGUAUUUGUCUUUUUAUUUUAUCUGUAUAAUUUUUCUUGUCAGAUAUUCUGAGGUUCAAAAAUCACAUCAUAUGUGAGGGAGAAGAAAGAGUUUAACCUGAACUAACAUUUCUACACUGUACCGUGUAGAGCACACACUAAAAUCAGUUACUGUACCCACAGGUAAGUCUGCAUUCUCUCUGACAGCCACAGCACUACAUCGAGCGCUAACGUUAAGGAUACCUCAUGAUAUUUUCUUGUUUUUAUGGAAACUCUGAAAAGCUGAAAGACACAGGGCGUGUAUUUUAAGAUUAUUUAAAUGUGAGCUAAAAUAUGCAAGGCAGAAAGACAAACACAUCCACAACAAGUUCUUUCAGCAGUAGCUGACAGAGAACUCACAGGACGUUCCUUCAAGCACUUGCCAGUACUAUGGUAUUCAAGUACCUGCAGCGUUUCUGUGCCAUUGCCUUCAGUGAGGCCAGAGGCAUCUGGACAUUCGACCUAUUAUACUGUAAGAAUAUAAUUAUCAAGUGCAUUCAUACACAUGUGAGGUUUUCUUUUGCUUGAGUGGACAGUAGCACCUGUAUCAUUGAACUCAUUUUGUAUCAAAGCAAUUUUGCUUGCAGAAAGCUAUGAAAUAAAACAUGUCCCUUAACUGCAUUGCUAUGGAAUUAAUUUUUUUCCCCAGGGAAAAAUUAGUGUAUUUUUUUAUGAGCAAUAUCAAUUUGGAGUGACCAAAAGAUACUUUAAAAUGGGUUUAUUUUGAUUUCUCAUCUGAAAUAAUCAUGUUCUGGUAUUAUAUCUAUCUAUAUUUAAUAAAUAUAUACCUUUUAAUUUAUUAUGUAUACUCACAUACUAUAGAAAGAUAUUAGUAUGCAUUUAAUAAAACAUAUUCACUUCAAUA